CCUGCCUCAUGCUCUCAUAGAGCAGCAGAGAUCUAGCCCUCCACAUGGUCUUUUGAGAGUGAAGAGUCCCUGCUUUUGAUUACUUUCAGGGCGUUACUGAUGCUCGGGCGCACCUGAAUAACACGUCCGCACGAAUCCGGCCAUGAGGCUCCUCUGCGCCCUGCUGUUCCUCCUCUGCCUCUGGGGGCUCCAGGGGACGGAGGGGAGGAAGGAGAGCGCCGCCGAAAAGCAGCCUGCCAGGAGGGACCGGAACAAGGUCGUGCCCGGCUCCGGGGAGCUCACCAGCAAGGAGAACCACAGGUGCUUGUGGGAGACCUCUGGGGAGGGCCAGGUCUCUCUGCUCAUCAGCUGCAGCCACGGGGAGCAGUCGUACCGCUGCCGCUACGCGGGCCAGCCCGGCCUGUGUCCCGGCUACGCCGCGCGCUCCAGCCAGUACUGGAAACAGCUGGUGGGGAAACUGAAGAAGAAGAGGAACGCCUGCGACGGCGAGAAGCUCCUCAAAACCCGCGUCUGCAAGAAGGCCCCCGCGGAGUCCCACAUGAGGCUGGUGGAGGAACAGGAGGAGGUGAAGAAGAGAGGGAAAGGGGGAGGUAAGAAGCAGGAGGAGGAGAGCCCGGGAGGGGAGAAGGAGGUGCAGCUGGUGGUGCAGGAGAAGGAUGCGUUCGGGGAGGUGAACGACGGGAACAUGGAAACGGGGCCUGUGGAGAGCUACUGUGCCGAAGGCUGGCAGUCCUUCUGCUCUUUCUUUGUGAAGUUCAUCGACGGUUAACUACUGAACACUGCUCAUCCACAGCCUAGUGAACACUGUUUAUCGACAAUUCAAACUAAUGAACACUGUGCGUCAACGUGCUAGUGAACACUGUUCAUCAAUGAUUAAAACUAAUGAACACUGCAUCAACGUGCUAGUGAACACUGUUCAUCGAUGCUAAUGAACACUGAGGCAGGUUUAUUCAACCUUCAGUUCUAAAUAAAUAUGGUUUGUAUGAAGUGAAAGUAAAGCUAACACUAAUAAUUCCAGGAAGGAAUUUCAGGCCAUUUUAAUACUAAACAAAAUGUAUUUUACUUUGAAAUAUAUCUAUUAACAACAAAAGUACAUUGUCACAUUUAAUGAUGGAACCUAACCUUAUUUGUAAUUGACUUCAAUGUGUUUUAAUUAAUGAAUAAACAUAAAGUAUCACUUUAAAA